CAGGAGCAGCAGGAGGAGCAGGAGCAGGAGGGUUGUUUGGAGGGAGGGCAGGGCAGCAGCAGCAAGGACUUGGCAUGGAGGGCAAUGAUGACUACGCUUGCCGCUGCACCAAUGGCUUUGGCACCGGCACCACAAGCAGCAGCAGGCUUGGUAAGGUCACCGGAGCAGCAGCAGCAACAGACCCUUAUGGCGAGGACGAGGGCUCAAGCGGAGCGACAUCAGGGGGUGCCACGUCCGGCAUGGGAGGCAUGGAGAAUGUGGAUGAUUUGGAUGUAUAGACGCCCCUCCGUAGGACUAGUCCCAUGGGCUCUAACUCGUGCAUUGGGACUUAUAA